UUUUUUCGCAAAAAGUGCACUUUUUUGUCGUUGUAGCGUUUCACAUUAACCGCAUACAUCGUCAAUCUGUCCUUCAUCAAACGUUUAGAUCGUAUUCGUGAACACCUCUUGCCCACCUCCACCAAACAAAAAGACAAAAUGGCUCCUGAAGCUGUUGCCGAUAUCGGUUUGAUUGGUUUGGCCGUUAUGGGUCAAAACUUGAUCUUAAACAUGAACGACAAAGGUUACACCGUUUGUGCAUACAACCGCACAACAAGUAAAGUUGACGAUUUCCUCAACAACGAAGCCAAAGGAACAAAAGUCGUUGGUGCUCACUCUGUUGAAGAAUUUGUUGCCAAAUUGAAGCGUCCCCGUAAGAUGAUCAUCUUGGUAAAAGCUGGUCCUGCUGUUGAUGCUUUCAUUGAUACUUUGACUCCUCAUUUGGAAAAGGGUGAUAUCAUCAUCGAUGGUGGUAACAGUCAUUACCCUGACUCUAUCCGUCGUUGUGAAGCUCUCGAAAAGAAAGGAUUACUCUUUGUCGGUUCAGGUGUUUCAGGUGGUGAAGAAGGUGCCCGUCAUGGUCCAUCUCUCAUGCCCGGUGGUUCAGAUGCCGCUUGGCCACACAUCAAGGAGAUUUUCCAAAAGACUGCCGCUCAAUCUGAUGGUGAACCAUGCUGUGACUGGGUCGGUCAAACCGGUGCAGGUCAUUACGUCAAGAUGGUACACAACGGUAUCGAAUACGGAGACAUGCAAUUGAUCUCUGAAGCAUACGACAUCUUGCGUCGUGGUAUGCGCUUGAGCAACGAUGAAAUCGCUGACAUCUUUGAGACAUGGAACAAGGGUGUUUUGGAUUCUUUCUUGAUCGAAAUCACCUACACCGUUUUGCGUUACAAGGACACUGACGGUGAAUCAAUGGUUGACAAGAUUCUUGACUCUGCAGGUCAAAAGGGUACCGGUAAAUGGACUGCAAUCAACGCUUUGGACUUGGGUCAACCCGUCACUUUGAUCGGUGAAGCCGUCUUCGCACGUUGCUUGUCUUCCCUCAAGGAGGAACGUACCCGUGCAAGCAAGAAGAUCAACGGACCUUCUAUCAAGCCAUUCGAAGGAAACAAGCAACAAUUCAUUGCUGAUUUGGAACAAGCCUUGUACGCCUCAAAGAUUGUUUCCUACGCUCAAGGUUUCAUGUUGAUGCGUGAAGCUGCCAAGGAAUACAACUGGACAUUGAACAACCCAAGCAUUGCAUUGAUGUGGCGUGGUGGUUGCAUUAUCCGAAGUGUUUUCUUGAAGGAUAUCACAAACGCUUUCCGCAAGAACCCUGAAUUGGAAAACUUAUUGUUCGAUGACUUCUUCAACAAGGCAAUUCACGAUGCACAAGAAGGAUGGCGCCGUGUUGUUGCACAAGCAAUCUUGUGGGGUGUUCCAACACCUGCUCACUCUACCGCUUUGGCCUUCUUUGACGGUUACCGUACCGAAAGAUUGCCUGCUAACAUCUUGCAAGCUCAACGUGAUUUGUUCGGUGCUCACACUUUCAAGGUUUUGCCCGGUAAAGAAAAUGAUCACCUCAAGGCUGGAGCUGAUAUCCACAUUAACUGGACCGGUCGUGGUGGUAAUGUGUCUGCUUCCACAUACACUGCUUAAGUUUCUCUUACUAAAAGAUGACAGACAACUCAACACGCACUUUAAGGAAUCAGGAUAUUUGUAUCUAGAGAAAAUAUGAUCUGAAUUGAAUUUAGAAAGUUCGAAUAUGAUUUGACUGGGGUAUACAUGUGAUGGAUGCUGUAAUGUACAAUUGUGUAAGGGU